GACCCUGCUGUCCUCCCCGUCCCCCAGGCCCAUGGCGGUGGCGGUGCCCCCAGGUCGGGCGGGGGGCUCGGGCUGGGCCUGGCGGCCGGUGGCGCAGGACGCGCUUCUAGCUCGGGCCUUCCAUUCAUGCACCGAAUUGCAGGGACGGUUGUAUCUGGUGGGGGGUCUCCUAGCAGGAGGAGCAAGAGAGCCCAGCAGCGAUACGGUGGUCUUCGACCCGGCUGGGGGCCAGGCUGUGCGAUUGGGAGCCCGGGGCAGCCCCCAGCGCAGUCACCACGACGCGGCACCCGUGGGCGGGCGUUGGCUGUGCGUGGUGGGCGGCUGGGACGGGUCUCGCCGCCUGGCCACAGUGGCCGCGCUGGACACAGAGCGCGGAGUGUGGGAGGCGUGGACAGCGACCCCUAGCAACUGUCCCCCUGCCGGCCUCAGCAGUCACACCUGCACCCGCCUCUCGGACCGUGAGCUUCGGGUAGCUGGCCGAGAGGGCAGUAUCCGCACUCAGCGACGUUAUGGAAGCAUCUACACGUUAAGGCUGGACCCCAACGCCCGCAGCUAUUGCUACAAGGAAGAAGGAUGCCACACAGUCUCACGCUCAGGUCACUGUGCUGCUCUGCUCCAAACUCCUGGACCCCACCCAGGUCAUCAGCUAUUGCUCUUUGGGGGUUGCAACUCAGCUGAACCAGAAGUAGCUGGGCUUUGGAGUCAUGGAAAGAUUAAGGAGGAACCACCUGUUGCUCCUCAUUUGAUGGAACAGCUUGCAAGGCUUGUGAGCAGUGGGCAGGGGUCCCGACAGGGGCCCCAGGGACUACGGCAUCACUCGUGUUCUGUGGUGGGACCCUUUGCUGUGCUGUUUGGUGGAGAAACUCUGACCAGAGCUAGAGACACCAUCUGCAAUGACCUCUACAUCUAUGAUACCCGCAAGUCUCCUUCUCUGUGGUUCCACUUCCCCUGUGCAGACCGUGGGCUGAAACGUGUGGGCCAUCGCACCUGCCUUUGGAAUGAUCAGCUUUACCUGGUUGGGGGUUUUUGUGAGGAUGGCAGGACAGCCAGUCCACAGGUUUGCAUCUUGGACCUCUUUUUCUAAAGAAUAGUGCCAAGACACACUGCCAAGCCUCUAUUUUAUUGCAAACCCAUAAAGCAUUAUCACCAGAGCUAUCUGCCUCACUUCAAAUGCUUAUUAAAUUUCAACCCGAGAGUCUAA